AUGGUUACCAUGGGAACCCGGCCCCGAGCUCACUCGCGCCCACUCCUGCUACUCCUCCUCCUCGCGCUGCCGCUGGUGCGGGGCCUGGGGGCCCGGGGGCAGGGAGGGGACCCGCUGCCCGCACGGGUUUACAGAACGCCAGAGCCUGUUUACAAGGAGCAGUAUUUUGAGCAGGUAUUGGAUCACUUCAACUUUGAAUCGUAUGGCAAUAAGACCUUCCUACAGAGAUACCUCACAACAGCUAAAUUCUGGAAGCAGGGAGUUGGGCCCAUCUUCUUUUAUACUGGGAAUGAAGGAGACAUUUGGGAAUUUGCUCAGAAUUCCGGCUUCAUCCUUGAGCUGGCAGAACAGCAGAAUGCGCUAGUGAUUUUUGCAGAGCAUAGGUAUUAUGGGACAUCUCUUCCAUUUGGGAAACUGUCAAUGCAGCGGGAAAAUAUUGGCUUGCUCACUGUGGAACAAGCCCUUGCUGACUAUGCGGUGCUCGUUACAGAGCUUAAAAAGCAGUAUGGUGCCAGGGACUGCCCAGUCAUUGCCUUCGGAGGCAGUUACGGAGGAAUGUUGAGUGCUUACAUGAGAAUGAAAUAUCCUAACCUUGUGGCUGGAGCACUAGCUGCCAGUGCUCCUCUGUUGUCUGUGGCUGGGAUUGGAGACCCCAGCCAGUUCUUUCAAGCUGUCACUGCAGAUUUUCAGAGCUCGAGCCCAGCUUGUGUCAAGGCCGUGAGCAAAGCCUUCCAGGAAAUCAAUGACCUCUACUUGAGUGGAGCCUACGAUAGAAUCAGCAGUGAAAUGGCCACGUGCAAGAGGGUUUCUUGCAAGGAAGAUGUCUACCAGCUGUUUGAGUUCGCUCGAAAUGCCUUCACCAUGAUGGCUAUGAUGGACUAUCCUUACAAAACAGACUUCAUGGGUCACUUCCCUGCUAACCCAGUCAAGGUUGGCUGUGACCAGAUCCUUGCACACCAGGACCAUAUUAAAGGACUGGCGGCUCUUAUCGGAGUGUUCUACAACUCGACUGGGAUGGCGCCGUGUUACGACAUAUACAAGCAGUACAGAAAAUGUUCUGACCCGACUGGCUGUGGCAUCGGCCCAGAUGCCGAGGCGUGGGACUAUCAGGCUUGUACCGAGAUCAACUUAACCUUCAGCAGCAACAACGUGACCGACAUGUUCCCUGAAAUCCCGUUCACCGAGGCUAUGAGACAGCAGUACUGCUUCAACAAAUGGCUCGUGCACCCGCAAAGGGACUGGUUGCAAACAAUGUUCUGGGGCAGCGACCUGAAAGCUGCAAGCAACAUCAUAUUUUCGAAUGGAGACUUGGAUCCAUGGGCAGGCGGUGGCAUAAAGAGUAACCUCAGUUCCUCACUAAUUGCGAUAACCAUUAAGGGAGGCGCUCAUCAUCUGGAUCUCCGAGGCUAUAAUCCAGCUGAUCCUCCAUCUGUCACAGAUGCACGCAAGCUCGAAGCAAGGAUUAUCCAUAACUGGGUGACAUCUGCUAGGAUUGAGGGAGCCUGGGAGAAGAUGUCUGCGGGUAUAUCACCGUGAAGAUAUCCAUCCAGCCGUCAGCAGGAAUGUUGUGCUGCUAGUGUGUGUACCAGAAAGCACGAGGGUGGCAGCCAUAGGAGCUACUUGUGCACGGACCAUUUGAUGAAAAUGUCAGUUCAAAUGGCUCUACCACGGUGAUAAAAAUUCGCCUGUCUAAAGUGUCCUGUGGGUCAGUCAAGUCUGUCAAAAGAAAACGAGUAGGCCACAUCCAUUGACUGAAGGCAAUAGCACUUUGCACUAGUCACGUGCUUACCUGCAUUGUAUCAAAGAUGUAAUUGUAAAGGGAGAAGGAGAGAAUAAAAGCUUGCCUGCCAGUGUUAGACCA